AUGGAGAAGAAGAAUAAUUCCGCGGUGCCAAUUAUAGGCUGGUAUGUUGCAUUCGCUUCUGGGCUCUGCAUCACUGCAAUGUUGUUGAAUCUGUUUACUGGCAAAUACUUCAGUCUGAAUGCAACUUGGCUGACACUAUUAGCAGUGGCUACCAAGCUCACCGGCGACCUCACAACUCCCAUGUCUCCCUGGGAUAACAAUUCAAAAUGCAGUAGCACGGUUUUCUUAACUUUCGCUAUGGGUAAUUCUUUUACCUCACUGGGCUCUAUGAAUGACACACAUAUUCUAACCAAUCUCACCGCUUUGAGCAUAUUGGUAGCCACUGUCAUUGUCGAUUUAUGCAUCCAACUACACACCCAUGUGAUUGAUUCCACGUUAUCUAUGGAAAUCAUCUUCGAAAUUAUUUUGUUGUUCUGCAUGUUCAUAACAAUUGUGUGUUCAGCUCUAGCACUUCCAGCAAUUAAGAAACGCGCAGAAUCAAGGUAUCAGAAGCUAGCAGCUUCAGAUGAGAAACAAUGCCGCCAUACAGUUGAAGAGCUGAGAUUGAGCAUUACAAAGUAUUGGGUAAUGGCAGCCUCCGGUAGCCCCCCAUCUCUUAUGAAAAGGUUGGUCACCUUCGCUUUUACCUGUAUCAUCUGCGUAUGUUCUUCCCUCAUUUCUUAUCUAGGAGCUGGAGAUCGCUAUAAAUACUGGGGUUGUUAUAAGGAAUCUGAUUAUAAGGGCUCGGUGUUGGGCAUUUUAGGGAGUCAAUCUAUUCACGUAUUUCCGAUUCCCCUCAUAAUGAUAAUCUUCUUGAUUAGAACCCUGGGUUACAAGUACAAGGGUAAUGGGAUCAAAAUCAGUAAAGAAGAAUUCGCAAUUGAGCCCUAUUGGACUGAAAAAUUGGUCGAAUGGAGACAGAGUUCAAUACUUGUAGGGCUAGGGCAUACGAGAGAUAUCAGAAAAUUUUUCCAUAAGAUAGAAGGUUUGGUUUUCACGUUUUGCAUACGACUCCAAAUCAUGAUUGUCAUAUGUUGCAAGUUUUGUUAUGUUCUCUCUUUUUACUUCAUGCUUCCAUUACUACUUUUAGUUAAUCCUUUAGGCAAGUUAAUUAAUUAUUGUACGGGUAAAUUGUCCCGCAAAAAGAAAGUUUCAAAUGAUCAGAGGGAACAAGAGGCAGUAGAUCAUAAUUGCUUUGUAAUACUACUUGAAGGAGAAAAAAAUUUUCCAGAAAGAAUAUUGAGAGAGAUUAUUAAUGGGAUGGAUAAACAUGUUCAGAGGGGUAAGGAGCACUGUUCACAAAGCCUAUUAAAUCUUCUCAAUCAAAGUUUCUUUUUUAGUGGUGUGGUAGCAUCUUUUAGUGGUGUAGUAGCAUUUGAUAGCUAUCGAGUUCCAAGUCUAUUAUCUGGUGAACCUCCUAACUGUUGGACACUUCCUAUAGUGACGCUAACAAGCAUCGCUAUUGCAAUUCCAAACAUUGCAAAUAAGCAUGUUGAUUGGUUGGUAAACACAAUUACCAUAGGCCUCCGAUAUGCAAGUCUCAUAGAUGCCUUGGAUGAGAAGUGUGGGUUGAAAAACAUUAAAAAUGCAUCAGAUUUUGUGUGGGUGGGAGUUGAGCUUCACAGGAAGUGGCUAGACAUGGAUCUUGAAAGAAAAACUGGAGAAAUAAGUUCUGCUAAGGAUAUUAUUCAAGAUCUUGUUGAUGUAUCUAAAGGGAUUGUUAGGAAGUUUAACUCUAAAGAAAACAGAAUGAUAGUGGAAAAUCCACUCUAUUGGCCUGCAAAUGUUUUAGCUGCAAAUUCAAUGUACAGAAUUACUCGAACCAUUCUACUAUACUAUGGAGAUGGUGAGUGUCAUGCUGAAGAGUUGUUCAGGAAGUUAAUCUGUAUGAUUGCAGACAUAUUGGCGGCUUGUCUUACCAAUUUGCCGAAUAUGAUAUAUACUAAGUGCAUAAACAGUGCAAUUGAGGAUAGGCUAGAAAGUGUUCGAGAUGCAGCUAUCAUGUUUGGGGAAACAGAAGAUAUUCUAAAAUGUUUUGAAGAGCGUAACCUUUCAAGUGUUGGUCCUAGUCAACCAUUAUGCAUUGAUGAAUGGCGUGGAUGGAUUGAGCAACAAGCAGCAACAAUUUCAUCAUCUUCUACAAGAAGCAAUGAAGCAUCCUCUGUAGAGUCCAAUGAACAUGUGGUUCUUCAAAUGCAAGCUUGA